AUGUCAACCACUGUCGCUGAAUUGCAAGCUGCUGUUGAAUCACCUGCCAAGAAGCGAAACCUUGAAAGUACCCGGGAGCCUCUUACCACUGUUCCAAAUGGUCAAGAUAUGACUCAGGCAUCUACGGAUACGCAAUCUACUCAGUUUAAUCCAAUACUCCGGGUUGAGUUGAUGAACCAAGAUGCUCAAAUGCCAGUGAGGGGUUCUGAAAAGUCAGCCGGAUACGAUUUGUUCAGCGCCGUUGAUGUAACCAUACCAAAAAGAGGAAAGCAGUUGGUCUCAACUGGGAUCAAAAUCAUGUUACCAGAAAAUUGCUAUGGACGUAUUGCACCUAGGUCCGGUCUGGCCGUGAAGCAUGCACUGGAUGUUGGCGCUGGAGUAGUUGACGAAGACUAUCGAGGUGAGAUCAAAGUUGUGAUGUUCAAUUUGUCCGAUGAGGAUUUCCUGGUCACGAAAGGCAUGCGAAUUGCUCAAUUAGUGUGUGAACGAAUUUGGUACCCCUCAAUUGAAAAAGUAGAUUCGGUUGACGAAACUAAGAGAGGUGAAGGAGGUUUUGGAUCAACUGGCACAAAAUGA